AUGGGCGUGGGAAUAUCAUUUCUCAUAGCGCUGAAAGCAACAACGCUCUUCCUAUGCUUCGCGUACCUAAAGAAUCUCGGUUUCACUCUCUUCUCUCUCCCUUUCCUCUACGCUUCGCUCAUCUCAUUCUUGGUCUCAGUUGCUUCUCACCCGUCCAUCAACCUUCCAAUGCUUCUUGGGAAAACCUCGGAUGGAACUUUCCCUCUCUUUUCUCUGAUAGUGUUCAGCCCCUACAUCUACUUCGUUCGCGUUUUCUCUAUGCUUCGAAGACUUCGAAGCGGAGAACCUGCUUACUCACAGGUUCACCACGAUCUCUAUGUCGGUGGCUGGCCAUCGUCGCCUCACAUGCUGCCACCUGGCGACCCUGCUAUCGUUGAUUGCACGUGCGAGUUCCCGCGUGUGAAGGACUUGACUGCGGGGUUGCCCUACCGGUGCAUUCCGACGUGGGACACGAGGUCGCCUCAACCUGCUGAUAUUGAAUCCGCUGUUAAGUGGGCCUCUCGACAGAGAGACCUCAAUAGGCCCAUUUUUGUUCACUGUGCUUAUGGUCAUGGAAGAAGUGUCGCAGUUAUGUGUGCACUGUUAGUAGCACUAGGCAUCACAGAGGAUUGGAAGAAUGCUGAGAAGCUGAUCAAGCAAAAACGGCCUUACAUCCGGAUGAAUGCUCUCCACCGCAAGACACUUGAAGAAUGGUCCAGACACCGGUUGUCUGGACCAAAGAAGUAG